GUGAAAGUCUACUAUCUUCCCCUUCAGUUUGCACUCUCUCUCUCACAAUACCCUCUCAUCUCUCUCAGGUCAAUCAAUCAUAUUCUCCUAUUCCUCUUAUUUCUCGUCCAAAUCACACACAAACCCCCUUUGCUUCUCUUUCUAGACCCUUCUUUUUCUUCUUUUUUCGUUUUUCCUCUCUCUCUCUCUCUCUCUCUCUCUGUGUCUCCUAUGGCUUCGGAUCUUGAAGUGAAAGCCAAAGAGGCUUUCGUUGAAGAUCACUUCGAACUCGCUGUGGAACUUCUUACUCAGGCCAUUGAUCUCGAACCAAACAAAGCUGAACUCUAUGCGGACCGUGCACAAGCCAACAUCAAACUCGGAAACUUCACUGAGGCUGUUGCGGAUGCAAACAAGGCAAUUCAGUUGAAUCCUUCUCUGCCAAAAGCAUAUUUGCGCAAAGGUACUGCAUGCAUGAAGCUUGAGGAAUACCAGACUGCAAAGGCUGCUCUGGAGAUGGGUGCUUCAUUGUCUCCAGACAAAUCAAGAUUUGAUAAUUUGAUCAAAGAAUGUGAUAAGCUCAUUGCAGAAGAAUCUUAUACCAUACCUAUACAGGAAAAGACUGCAGCACAGGACGUUACUCCAAAAGAUGUUAAGCCAGAGGACAAUCUUCCAGAGAAGCCAACUGUGGCAGUGACUAAACCUAAAUAUAGGCAUGAAUUCUACCAGAAACCUGAUGAGGUGGUUAUAACAAUAUUUGCAAAGAAAAUCCCAAAGGAAAGCAUUACUGUUGACUUUGGUGAACAAAUACUUAGUGUUAGCAUUAAUGUCCCUGGAGAAGAUGCAUAUGUUUUUCAACCUCGCUUAUUUGGAAAGAUCAUACCUUCCAGAUGCCGGUAUGAAGUUUUGUCCACCAAAAUUGAAAUUCGCCUUGUGAAAGCAGAACCUAUUCACUGGACGUCACUAGAAUUCACCAGAGACGUUGCAGUUGUCCAGAGGGUUAAUGCUUCUUCAGUUACUGGAAGUCAUAGACCUUCUUACCCAUCCUCAAAAGCAACAAGAGUAGAUUGGGAUAAGCUUGAAGCUGAAGUCAAGAAAGAGGAGAAAGAUGAAAAGCUUGAUGGCGAUGCGGCAUUGAACAAAUUUUUCCGGGAAAUAUAUCAAGAUGCAGAUGAGGAUACUAGAAGAGCAAUGAAAAAGUCAUUUGUGGAGUCUAAUGGAACAGUGCUUUCUACAAACUGGAAAGAAGUGGGAUCCAAGAAGGUUGAGGGAAGUCCUCCUGAUGGCAUGGAGUUGAAGAAAUGGGAAUAUUAGUGUAUUUUAUGGAUCAGUGUUAUAUAAAUUAUGGUGUGGGAUUAUACUUUGGAUGUCGUUUUUGGUCAGCUAAUUGAUGAACAAAAGAUAUUUCCUUUAAUUUGAUUGAAUUUUUAUGAGUCGUCUGUCUUCACUAAGACCUGGUUAUUCAUGGUUGUUGGUUGAGGACCUGAGGAUUUAUUUUGGUGAAUAUAAUGCAACUUGUGUU